AUGUCCGAAACGAAAGCAUCAGAAGCUGUAACAGCAUCAGAUCCAGCUGCACCAACAACAGCCCCAGCAGCACCAACACCGAAACAGAAAUCAGGCGGUGGCACGCAAAAAAAGAAAGCAACGAAACAUCCGCGGACUGGAACCGCAAAGCAUGCUGCUGCUUCGCAUCCACCGUACGGAGCGAUGAUCAAGGGAGCCCUGAAAUCGUUGAACGAUCGAAAAGGUUCCAGUCGUGCGGCAAUCUUCAAAUAUAUCAUGCAGCACUACAACCUCGGCGGUAACGUUGCAGCGGUUUGUUGCUUUCCUGAAAUUUGUACUAAUCGACCCAGCCAUAGGGGGUUUUUUUUCAUUCAAUUCCAUUUAAAUCGGCUUUUUUCAGUUUUCGUAUUUUCUAGUUUUUUUUUUUACUUAUUUUAUCUUAAUUUUUUUUUGUACGAUUUCAUUUAA